AGCAUCACACAGGAACCCACGUGUGAACACAGGGAGCUGCCAUUGCCCGGAGGAAGUGUGUUGAUCGCUGUUUUCUGUCCACUAUGAGUUGUCAGAUCACCUGUGUGUCCUGGGUACAGCGGGGGAUCGCUAAGGAGAAUCCCGAAAAGGUUCAGCUGACUAAAGAAGAGCUGAAUAAACUGAUAACAGAAGCUAAAGAACAGUUGGAAGGAGAACUCGAGGAUAAUGAAGAUGAAGCUGGUGAGGAAGCAGAAGAUGAGAAACCUGAAGACAAGGAAGAGUCCACCCAACCAGAUGAGAGUCGGGAGGAAAGCAUAUCCAAUCUGAAAAUUGAUGAGCUUGCUGCAUAUGAUUUGGACAAUUACGAUGAGGAAGGAAAAACCGAUGUUCUGAACCUUGGGGACAGUCUGGCUGGUCUUAGUGUAUACAGCUGCAACGAGCAAGAUGCUUAUGUCACCCUUAAAGAUACCGAGCAAUAUGAAAUAGAAGAUUUUACUAUUAAACCCACUGACAACAUGCUGGUCUGUGGUCGGGCAGAGAAAGACCACUGCAGUCUUGAAAUUCAUGUGUACAAUCAUGAAGAGGACUCAUUCUAUGUUCACCAUGACAUUCUGUUACCGGCCUACCCUCUGUGUUCUGCGUGGUUGAACUUUGACCCAAGCCCUGAAGAAAGUACAGGAAACUACGUUGCCAUCGGUAACAUGACCCCUGUCAUUGACGUGUGGGACCUCGAUCUGGUUGACUGCUUGGAGCCUGUGUUCUCCCUGGGAAGCAAACAAAUUAAAAAGAAGAAAAAGAAAGGGAAGAAGGGAGCCUCGUCGGAGGGAACGCAGGAAGGUCAUUCAGACGCAGUUUUAGAUCUCUCAUGGAACAGGCAAAUCAGAAAUGUCUUGGGCAGUGCCUCCGCAGAUAACACAGUUCUUCUCUGGGAUAUGUCCGUGGGUAAACCAGCUGCCAGCCUAACAAUGCACACAGACAAGGUACAAACAUUGCAGUUCCAUCCAUUUGAGGCACAGACGCUUUUAACUGGGUCCUUUGACAAAUCGGUAAUAUUGUACGACUGCCGGAGUCCUCAGGAAAACCACCGGACGUGGAGAUUCAGCGGGGAGGUUGAGAGAGUGACGUGGAAUCAUUUUUCUCCCAGAAACUUUUUAGCCAGCACAGAAGACGGCUUUGUGUACUGUUUAGAUGCACGGUCGGAGAAGCCACUAUUCACAUUAAAGGCGCAUGAUGGGGAAGUGUCUGGUCUCGAAUUAAGCAGUCAAGUGAAAGGGUGCCUAGUAACCUCUUCUGCAGAUAAACAAGUGAAGAUAUGGGAUGUUUUUCUGGACAAACCAAGCCUAGUUCAUUCCAGGAAUAUGAAAAUGGGUGUAUUAUUCUGCACAGCCUGUUGCCCCGAUCUGCCCUUUCAUUAUGCAUUUGGAGGCCAGAAGGAUGGGCUGAGAGUGUGGGACAUUAGCAGUAUUGCUGCUGUGAAAGAAGCAUUUGGAAGCAGGGAACGACUUAUGGUGACCAAUAUAUCUGACUCUUCAUCAAGUAUGGCAGCAGGGACAAGCGGAGCAGCAGCAGAAUCAAUGGAGCCUUAGAGACGA